CAGUUCGAAGAGGGGGGAAUUUGUUUUCUCACUGUGUAUCUUUGACUUUGGGCUCUUGGUUCUCAAAGGCCAAAAUACCUGCUUCCUGUCCCAUCUCUGGGCUCCUCUGUCCAGAUCCAACUGACCCCCAGAUCAUAGUCCCUAUCUGCCUUCUUCAGGACCUGUCUCUCUGCCCUUGAUCCUCAACAGGAGAGAUGUGGGUUCGGAGCCUACAUCUCGGUGCCUAUCCUGCCUUCUCCCUCCUCAUCCCGCUGCGCGGCCCCCUCCCUCGCGGAGAAGUACGUCCUGGGGUUCUGGGGCUAUCCUGCCUCUGGCAGGCAGCUCCCCGUCUCCGCUGCUCCCCUUUUUUUUUUCAAGUCCCUGCGGGAGCCAAGGCCAGCGUGGGUGGCUGAAAUCUCCUCGGUAACGGGAUCUGCCUCUCCCUCUCCCGGCCUCCGCCCCUAACCUGCUGCCCCUCAGUCUGGUACCUACUGUCCGGCCCUCAGCCCCUCCUCCUGGCCCCUCCCGCACCCUCCUGCUCCCCCCCUCUGCUGGCUCUCCAUGUCACCAUCUGUGGCACAAUCCUUCUCUGUCACUGUCCCUACCACCCCCUCUUUCUCCUUCCUCCUGCCUCCCUCUGUCCCUGCCUUUCUCUGCAUCUCUCCCUGCUCCUCCGUCGGUCCAUUCUCUUCUCUCCUCUCUCCUCCUCUGUCCCUGCUCCUUGCCAGGCAUCUCUCCUCACUCCCCCUCAUCCUGCCUUUCCACCCACACGCUGUCUCCUCUCCCUCUCCUCUCUCUCCACCUCCGACCCCCCCUCCUUUCCUUAUUUUCUAUUGGCUUCUUAUGUCCCCUGCUCUCUUCCCAUCCCCAUCACCUUGGGAAGUGGCACCUGCCACCCCCCACUGGGUGCUGUCUGAAGACCCCAUUCUGUGUCCUGCAUCCUCCACAGAGUCCUGGAGAUGGGGGAUGACCGACAAGGUGCAGAAUCUUGGAGCCUCCAUACAGCAGAACGUCAGAACCGGACCGAACCAGAUGCACGCUGCUCUCUGGGCCUGCUUGGUGGCACUCGUGAGCGCCCCUUCCUGCUGGGAGUGGAGCAUCUAACAUGCAGCAACCUUGCCAGGCCAGGAGUAAUUGAUUGCUGACCGGCCUCUCAUUGGCUAUGGCCACGGCUGCCUAUUCUUCAUCAGUGCCCACAACCUUGGACCCUGGGAACACAUCCUCAGCCUGGCCCCUGGACGCUACCCUGGGGAACGCAUCUGCCGGUGCAAGUCUGGCAGGCCUGGCUGUCAGCGGCAUCUUGAUCUCUCUGGUGUACCUGGUGGUGUGCGUGGUGGGUCUGCUGGGCAACUCGCUGGUGAUCUAUGUGGUCCUGCGGCACACAGCCAGUCCAUCAGUGACCAGUGUCUAUAUCCUCAACCUGGCCCUGGCUGAUGAGCUCUUCAUGCUGGGGCUGCCCUUCCUGGCUGCUCAGAAUGCACUGUCCUACUGGCCCUUUGGCUCGCUCAUGUGCCGUCUGGUCAUGGCGGUGGAUGGCAUCAACCAGUUCACCAGCAUCUUCUGCCUCACCGUCAUGAGCGUGGACCGCUACCUGGCCGUGGUGCACCCCACACGCUCGGCCCGCUGGCGCACGGCACCCGUGGCCCGCACAGUCAGUGCGGCGGUCUGGGUGGCCUCGGCUGUGGUGGUGUUGCCUGUGGUCGUCUUCUCAGGCGUGCCCCGGGGCAUGAGCACAUGCCACAUGCAAUGGCCAGAGCCAGCGGCUGCUUGGCGAGCAGCCUUCAUCAUCUACACGGCUGCACUGGGCUUCUUUGGGCCCCUGCUGGUCAUCUGCUUGUGUUACCUGCUCAUUGUGGUGAAGGUGCGGUCGACCACACGGCGCGUGCGCGCGCCCUCCUGCCAGUGGGUGCAGGCACCUUCUUGCCAGCGGCGGCGGCGUUCUGAGCGCCGGGUCACGCGCAUGGUGGUGGCUGUGGUGGCGCUCUUCGUCCUCUGCUGGAUGCCCUUCUAUUUGCUCAACAUCAUCAACGUGGUGUGCCCGCUGCCCGAGGAGCCCGCCUUCUUUGGCCUCUACUUCCUGGUGGUGGCACUGCCCUACGCCAACAGCUGUGCCAACCCCAUCCUCUACGGCUUCCUCUCCUACCGCUUCAAGCAGGGCUUCCGCAGGGUCCUGCUGAGACCGUCGCGUCGUGUACGGAGCCAGGAGCCAGGGUCCGGCCCUCCAGAGAAGACUGAGGAGGAGGAGGAUGAAGAGGAAGAGGAGAGAAGAGAGGAGGAGAAGGAGAGGAGGGCUCAGAGAAGGAAGGAGAUGAACGGAAGGGUCAGUCAGAUCGCGCAGCCUGGCACCAGUGGACAGGAGCCCAGCACAGGAUCUGCCAAGGAGCAGCAGCUUCUACCCCAGGAGGUGGCAGCUGGGGACAAGCCUAGCACCCUGAGCCACCUGUAAGGACUUCAAACCAGCAAAACGGCCCAGAGAAAGGCAGAGGCUGUGCCCAGCUUAGGGGCAUGAGUACCAGCUACACGCAGUGGUCUGAGCAAGCAACAGCUUAAGCGACUUCAUUGACACCGCUGUCCUGGCCAUCCUUGGGCCGCCAGUAAGGUUCAGGGUCCAAUGACGGAAUGUUCAGGGGCCUAGGUUCUGCCCUUCUGUGCUGUGUGCCCUUUGGCAGGUCCUCUGCCCUCUCUGGGCCUUGCUUUCUUCUUUCGACUCAGGGAUGGGGAUAAUGAGGCCCCGAUGGGCCCUGUCAUAAGAAGGGUCUGGAGGGUGUCGUUACUGGGGGGACUCUCCCAAGCCAAGUUAAGGUGAUGUGGGCAGGCUGACCAAGAAACAAGGUAUCUUGGGUGUCGGUCUGUAUCUUGGCCCUCAGGGAGAUACAGCAGGGCUUGGAGAAUCAGGGACGCAGGUGAGCCGGGGGGCUUGGUUGAAGCCCAAAGGAAGUGUAAGAUGGUAGGAUGGGAUGCCACUGCUUAGGACCCAGCUCAGCCCUUCCCAUGCUGCUGUGUGGCCUCGGCCACUCUGUUCCUGCCUAGGCUUCCUACCUCUCCUGCUGGACAGCCCAGUGUCCUACAGGCCCUCAUCCCGGUGUCUCAGCACUGGGCCUCCUGUGCUCCUGGACAUGAGGGGGGGAGGGUUUCAGACGGCUGACGAAGCCAAGCUUCAGGGGCUCUCACUCUUUGGACCCCUCUGGGGCCUGCAUCUGAUGUAUGCUUCUAAUUUUGUAUUCCCUUUCUCGGGGAGGGACCACACGGCGCACAGGCUCAGGCCACCCACAGCCUGACUCACCCUAUUUAGGUCAGGUACCUUGUCCCCAGGGCAGAGACUGUGGCAGCCUGAGGGGACGAGAGAUAGGAGGAGGGUGGCCAAGAUGAAGGAGAGGGAGCAGAGGCAGUAAGAAGGGGAGGGGAGAGGAGAGAACAGAACUGUGCUGUGGUCGUGAACCAACCUUCGCCCCUUGGGCUAAGCUCAGUCGCAGCAUUGAUGGUCAUCAGGAAGGGUCUGUCUGGGGCGCUGAGGAAAGGGGGCCACAAUGGAGACCCUGGGAGUGGGCCUGGCUUCUCAGGGCUCUAGGGAAGGGUGGUAAGCCCUUGGUGGGGGUCAGAGCUCCCCAUCCUCUGUGUUCCCAGGGCCCCAGACAAUGUAAAGAGGCUAACGGGCUGUCCUGACCCAGGCUGAGCCAGGACUCUACCCUCCCCCUCCCAGAGAUGGCCCUUUUGGUCCCAACAAAGCUGGCCUCGGAGAGGUUGGAGCUCCUGCCUAGACCCCAACCCUACUUUGCAAAGGUAGGGUCCUCAGGGAACCCACAAAUCCAGAAGCUGAGAAACCUGCAUCUUCUACUCACCUCAAGCCGCUUGGCCAGGCCCUCCCCCCCUGGGUCUCAGUAUCCUCCUCACCAUGGUGUGGAUGUGGUUCCCUAGCUUGCCAGUCUGCUGGAAUCCAGGAGGAAACUGAGUCACGCUGGGUAAGCCACUGCUCACCACGAUGGGGCUACUUACGGGAUACAAAGUGGAGGUACCCCCAACUCAGGCUCAGCCCACAUCCUGCCCCUUUAGUGAGUGGUCUCUGUGGCAGCUACUGGUGUGAAGGUAUUUGUGAGAAACGGGGUGCAGGAGGCCGAGGAUCAGAGAGCAUGCAGGCCACCCUGGGAGGAGGAAGUUUGCAAACUCAGGCCUGUGUGGAGCGUGAGGCCGAGCCCUGAGGUUCCUCUGAGGAGGGGCUUGGGCAGAAGUGAGCAGUCCAACCUUCCUGGAGGGGGCAGGGGAGCUGUGCCUUGCAAAAGGAGUUGGGUGGCCAACUGGGAAAUCUUUGCUGCUUCUGACCCUAGCUCCUGUCAAUAAAGAUAGUGACUGGGCCAUUUCCUCUCUAUGUCCUGAUGGG